AUGCCGUCAUAUAAGAGACUGCAAGGGAGGGUGUCCACUACCCACCCCACCAACACCCCUCGCAACCUCAGUGUCCACUACCCACCCCACCAACACCCCUACCAACCUCAGUGUCCACUACCCACCCCACCAACACCCCUACCAACCUCAGUGUCCACUACCCACCCCACCAACACCCCUACCAACCUCAGUGUCCACUCCCCACCAACACCCCUACCAACCUCAGUGUCCACUACCCACCCCACCAACACCCCUACCAACCUCAGUGUCCACUACCCACCCCACCAACACCCCUACCAACCUCAGUGUCCACUCCCCACCAACACCCCUACCAACCUCAGUGUCCACUACCCACCCCACCAACACCCCUACCAACCUCAGUUGUACACUGCCCACCCUACCAACACCCCUCUCAACCUCAGUGUCCACUACCCCACCCCACCAACACCCCUCUCAACCUCAGUGUCCACUACCCACCCCACCAACACCCCUCGCAACCUCAGUGUCCACUACCCACCCCACCAACACCCCUACCAACCUCAGUGUCCACUACCCACCCCACCAACACCCCUACCAACCUCAGUGUCCACUACCCACCCCACCAACACCCCUACCAACCUCAGUGUCCACUCCCCACCAACACCCCUACCAACCUCAGUGUCCACUACCCACCCCACCAACACCCCUACCAACCUCAGUGUCCACUACCCACCCCACCAACACCCCUACCAACCUCAGUGUCCACUCCCCACCAACACCCCUACCAACCUCAGUGUCCACUACCCACCCACCAACACCCCUACCAACCUCAGUGUCCACUACCCACCCCACCAACACCCCUACCAACCUCAGUGUCCACUCCCCACCAACACCCCUACCAACCUCAGUGUCCACUACCCACCCCACCAACACCCCUCUCAACCUCUUGAUUGUCAUUGA